AUGAUGUCAGAAUUAGAUAAAUAGAUUAUAUUUAUAUAAUAUUUGAGGAUAAUAAUAGGUUUACCCUCAUUAUCCACUUAUUAUCUACACAUUUCGUUACAUCUUUUAAUUUCUGUUACUUUCUAUUAAUUAUAUCUCAACUCCGUUAUCAUCUUUCCUUUCUCCUCCUUGCUGUUCACCAUCCUCACUAACCAGACCAAAACCUGCAAUUUCAUCUUGGUUCUUUGAUUUUCAACCUUCUUUUGCCUCCUCCUUUCUUUUUCUUCUUUCCCUCUCCUCCCCUCUUUUUCCUUCUCUCAAAUCUGGGUUCUUCAAGAGAACCCAGAUCUGGGUUCUCUUGGAGAAGGAUGAUGGAGGAGAGAGAAGAAAAAAAGAGGAAGAAAGAGAAAGAAAAUAAUGGAUGAAGAGGAUGAGGAUGGAGAGAACCUAGAUUUGGGUUCUCUUGAAGAACCACGUGGGUUCUUAUGGAGAACCGGGUUUUCUUGGAGGAGGAUAAUGGAGGAGAGAGAAAAAAGAAAGAGGAAGAAGAUAAUGGAUGAAGAGGAUGAGAAUGGAGGUGAGGAGGAAGAUGGAUUUGGCUGGGCAGGCCAUGAGGACAUGACUCGCUACCUCUACUGCAAAACCCUGCAGCAAGAAUGUCCGAAUAGAGACCAUGUUUUCUACCUCCUCGAAGAGUGCAUAACUAAGAAAAUGUUUCGUACAAGAGUGAAGGUGGAUAAAGGAAGUGUUCUAUCUGAUGGAAGUGUUCCAUCUGAUGGUGUUGGCAGUGUUGCAGCUCAACGAAGAGCUUUGGAUGAGGAUGAAUUUGUGCGAAGUGGAGCCGUGGAAGCAACCUUUCAAGCUAUCAAGAAUGGCAUCCCUGAGAUUGCAAUUGAAAUUGCAAAAAUUACGAAUAUAUUAUGGAACCGUACUGAUCCUGAAGAUGGAAGGAACAUGUUUGCAUGUGCUGCGCAGCUCUGCAGUUGCAAAGUGAGCUACGCUGGUUCGAGGUAAGCAUUUCAUACUUUUAUAUGUUCUGUCAAUUAAUAAAUUUUAUAUUUUGAU